AUGGCGACGAAUUUUUCGCGCUUACCACCUUUACCAUCAUUGAAAAGCUUCCUUUAUGCCUAUCAAUUACAAGCCAAAAAAAUUCUUUCACAAAAUUAUUUAAUGGAUAUGAAUUUAACACGGAAGAUAGUAAGGCAAGCGGAAAUGAAAAAAGGCGACUAUGUAGUCGAGAUUGGACCUGGCCCAGGAUCGAUCACUCGUGCUAUUUUAGAAAUGGAUUGUCGACGACUUGAUGUCAUCGAAAUCGACCAUCGAUUCGUUCCACCACUUGAAGUGCUAAAGGAAGCAAGCGAAGAACGUAUGUUCAUUCAUCGAGCUGAUAUUUUAAAAACAAAUAUUGAACAAAUUUGGUCUCAAGCUGGUUUGGAGCGUGUUGCUUGGGAGGAGGAUAGACUUCCGACGGCGCAUAUUAUUGGCAACCUUCCUUUCAAUAUUGCUUCUCCACUUAUUAUAAAAUUCCUUCGUGAAAUGUUAUAUCGCCAAGGACCAUGGUCAUUUGGUCGUGUCCCAUUGCUGCUAACGUUUCAGAUGGAAGUAGCUGAACGUCUCUGUUCCCCAAUUGAUUCUCCAUUUCGAGCUAGAAUUUCAAUCAUGUCUGCAUUUGUAACCGAACCAAAAUUGCUUUUUCAAAUACCAGGAAGAUGCUUUGUUCCAUCUCCUAAAGUUAAUGUCGGUGUGGUACGUUUUGUUCCAAGACAGGACCCAUUGAUUAAAACAUCCUUUGAGGUAGUAGAAAAAGUUUGCCGACGUAUUUUUAACUACAGGCAAAAAUAUGUUAUCAAGGGUGUUCGAAGUCUUUAUCCUAAAGAAUUAGCCAAACAUUUGGCCGAUGAUUUGUUGAAACGAUGUAGAAUUGAUCCUACAACUACUGCAAUAUGUCUUGGAGUAGAGCAGUUUGCUGACAUUUGCUAUGUUUAUGAGGAACACUGCCGAAAAUAUCCUGGUGUAUUUCUAUAUGAACAUUCAAAUCAAAAUCGUACUCUGGAAGAACUUGCACGACUUCCAAAUGCUAUACCACCACCAAAUCCUUUUGAUAAAGAAUUUCCAUCAGAAGGUGUGAAAUUGUCAGAUGCUUUAGCAUUAUUUGGUGAGUAG